AUGACCAAAGACAUCAUUGUGCUGAUUUCCGGGUCGGGAACCAAUCUCCAGGCACUCAUUGACGACGCAGAAAUCGGCCCCCGCAUCUCGCUCGUCAUUUCGUCGUCUCCGACCGCUUAUGGACUGGAGCGAGCACAAACGGCCGGAAUCCCCACCCACGUCCAUUCUCUGGCGUCCUACUAUGGCGAUUUGCCCAAGGAUGCCAAGACGGAGCGUAUGGCGGCCCGACAGAAGUUCAACGCCGAUCUGGGCAACUUCAUCGUAUCCAAAACCGACACUUCGCUGGUGGUAUGUGCUGGGUGGAUGCUGAUUCUGUCGCCCAAGUUUCUGGAACCUGUGGAGGCGGCCAAAAUGUCCAUCAUCAACCUGCAUCCUGCUCUGCCCGGCGCUUUUGCCGGAAUCAGAGCCAUUGAACGGGCCUGGGAAGCCGGCCAGAAGGGCGAGGUAUCCAAGGGCGGAGUCAUGAUCCACUACGUGAUUGCCGCAGUGGACGAGGGAGAGCCGCUGGUGGUCAAGGAGUUGGAAAUGGUACCUGGCGAGAGUCUGGACGAGUACGAAGACCGGGUCCACAAGGUCGAGCAUGUGGCCAUUGUUGAGGGUGCUAAGAAGGCUCUGAAGGAGAGACAAUCUGUCUAG